CAUUCGCUUUUUCAUCUUCCAGUUCCGUGAUUCUCUCACUCUCUCUCUCUAACCACUUUCUUCAAUUAUCUCUCUUUCCAGAGAUUUCCUCUCUCUCUCUCUCUCUCUCUCUAAGAAACUUUGCUUAUCAUCUAGCCUUGCAGUUACAAUAGAUUCGUGAAUCUCCGUGUCUCUCUCUCUCUCUCUUUCUCUCUCUCUAUAUAUAUAAACACACACAGAGAGAGACACAGACGUAUAAAUUUUGGCGAGCCUGAGCUUCGAGGAGCUAUACUGAAAAAUUUUGUGGCAUUUUUUUAUUUUUUGUGGAAACGAAAAUAGUACAGCCGUAGAUCUUUUGCUUGCAUUCAGCGAGGAUUUCGAACCAGAGAUUGAUUGAUUGAUUGAUUGAUUGCGUGCUCUCUCUCUCUCUUUCUCUGUUAUUCGAAUCCUCUGUCUUCGUUUACCGAUUUCCAAAGCUUCGUUGCCUUCUCUUCUCUCUGCAUGUACCUCCCAAGCGCUCUUGAGCUUGUUUGAUUACUGAGAUCCGAGAUUUUGAUGAUAUGGACAGCUCGGAGACAUAGAUACUAUUAAUUAUUGGCUAUUAAAGGAAAAUCGAAGUCUUCUAUAAUUGAAAUUAAGUAUAUAUAUAUAAUAUAUCUUAGAUUGAUUGUGUACUAAAUUGGUGGAACAAACAAUGGGGAUCGAAUUGAGCUAUGCUGUGUCAAAGUUGCAAUCGCUAUCCACGUCUGAUCACGCCUCUGUGGUCUCCAUGAACCUCUUCGUGGCGCUCCUCUGCGCGUGUAUUGUGAUCGGCCAUCUUCUAGAGGAGAAUCGUUGGGUUAACGAGUCGAUCACUGCCCUUGUGAUUGGUGUGUGUACUGGAAUUGUAAUUUUGCUCGUGAGUGGGGGGAAAAGCUCGCAUCUUUUAGUGUUUAGUGAAGAUCUUUUCUUCAUAUACCUUCUGCCGCCUAUCAUAUUCAAUGCUGGGUUUCAGGUGAAAAAGAAGCGAUUUUUUGAAAACUUUAUGACUAUCAUUCUCUUUGGUGCUGUUGGUACAUUAAUAUCCUGUGGCAUCAUAUCAUUAGGUGUUAUUCAGAUCUUCAAAAAAAUGGAUAUUGGUUCAUUGGACAUAGGGGAUUAUCUAGCCAUUGGUGCAAUAUUUGCUGCAACGGAUUCUGUAUGCACAUUGCAGGUGCUUAAUCAGGAUGAGACACCUUUACUCUACAGUCUUGUAUUCGGGGAGGGUGUUGUAAAUGAUGCCACAUCUGUGGUGCUUUUCAAUGCGAUCCAGAGCUUUGACGUCACUAAAAUUGACCCCAGUAUUGCUUUGCAUUUCACUGGAAACCUCCUUUAUUUGUUUGCCACAAGCACAUUGCUAGGGGCGAUGACUGGGCUAUUAAGUGCUUACAUCAUCAAAAAGCUAUAUUUUGGCAGGCACUCAACUGAUCGAGAAGUUGCUCUAAUGAUGCUCAUGGCAUACCUUUCAUAUAUGUUGGCUGAAUUGUUCUAUUUAAGUGGCAUUCUCACUGUGUUCUUUUGUGGGAUUGUGAUGUCCCAUUACACCUGGCACAAUGUAACUGAAGGUUCAAGAGUUACUACCAAGCAUGCUUUUGCAACCCUGUCAUUUGUUGCUGAGACUUUUAUAUUCCUUUAUGUUGGAAUGGAUGCCUUGGACAUUGAAAAGUGGAGAUUUGUUAGUGACAGUCCCGGAACAUCAGUGGCAGUGAGUUCAAUACUGAUAGUUCUGAUAAUGGUUGGAAGAGCAGCUUUUGUUUUCCCCCUAUCAUUCUUAAUCAACCUAUUUAAAAAAAAUCAAAGUGAGAAACUCAGCCUCAGGAAGCAAGUGGUAAUAUGGUGGGCUGGUCUCAUGAGAGGUGCUGUGUCUAUGGCACUCGCUUAUAAUCAGUUCACACGAUUAGGGCAUACUCAAUUGCGAGCGAAUGCAAUCUUGAUCACCAGCACCAUAACUGUUGUUCUCUUCAGCACAGUGGUGUUUGGGUUGAUGACUAAACCUCUUAUACGGUUCUUGGCUCGUUCAAAACAAACAACCAGCAUGGUGAUGUCAGAUCCAUCGACUCCAAAAUCAGUCUCUGUGCCACUUCUUGGGGAGGGGCUGGAUUCUGAGCUUGAUAUACCACGACCGGGCAGCAUACGUGCACUCCUGGCCACCCCUACACACACAGUUCACUAUUACUGGCGUAAAUUUGAUAAUGCCUUCAUGCGACCUGUAUUUGGUGGCCGGGGUUUUGUUCCAUUUGUUCCUGGAUCACCAACUGAACGGAGUUUCGUACAAGGGGAAGGGGAAUGAGAAGGCAGCCAAGCAAAGAUGUACGAUAUUAUAUUGUAAAUUGUAUACAUCUUCCAGAAGAUCAAGCACCACAGGCCUUUGAACCGACUUGUGAAAGUUGUUAUCAGACUUUAGGGUAGUGAGAAGGCUGUGUACCAUAAUGUAAACUGCAUGUACCAUGUAUAGCUGAUUGCAUAUACCCCAAGCCAGAGGGGUAUUUUUUGAUAUCAUAAUUAUUUUGCUGUCAACAAAAGAACUUAGGGUUUAAUGUAUUGUAAUUUAUGGUUUCUGUGAUUGUUUAUGUAAUUUUUGUCGCACACUAGGAUUUAAAAUGUAAGCCACCUAUCUUUUGAUAUGCGAUAUCUGAUAUCUGAUAUCUUAA